AUGGAGCUCGGCUCGAGACCUCGCAAAAGCUGCGCGAAGCCCUUAGCAAUACCUGCUCGUAGCUUGGUGAUGUCGCUACGAAGCUGGAAGAGAAGUUGCGAACGGGAAAAUCCACCAUCUCCCGGACCGUGGCCACCUCGUUCGCGAAAGACGGCCUACUUGGCGCGAGCUUUUUCUUCAAACGGGGAGAGGGCGACCGUGGCAACGCUGGCUUGGCUUUUCCCUACCAUUGCUCGUCAGCUUGUGCAAAAAAUCCCUGCCCUGGUGCCUUCCGUCAGAGAGGCUAUCGAUGCCGACCCGGACAUUCCCAAGAGAGCACUGAGGGACCAGUUCGAAAAGCUCAUCCUCCAUCCGCUUGGCCGCAUUCAGCGCACCACGGCAAUCGUGGUCAUUAUUGACGCUCUCGACGAAUGUGAUGGAGACAAGGACGUCAAGACUAUCAUCUCGCUGCUCGCACAAGCAAGCGUCGUACGCUCCGACAAGGCCGAAGUGCUAGCCGAGUUCCGAAAUGUCGUUGGCUCUAUUGUACUCCUUGCUCAGCCGCUCUCAGUACGGUCACUAGCACGACUUUUAAAUGCCGAAUGCGAAGACGUCCGCGCGCUGCUCAACUCUCUCCACUCCGUCCUUGAUAUCCCCUCAGUGGACGAUGCCCCAGUCAGGCUCUUUCACCUAUCCUUCCGCGACUUCCUGGUUGACCCGGCCAAGCGUACCAAGAAUGAGUUUUGGAUCGACGAGGCAGAAUAUCACAAGACGCUUACGGAAAGAUGCAUCCAACUGAUGGACCAAUGCCUGGGACAAGAUAUCUGCUGUUUAAAGGUGCCGGGAAUGCUGCGGUCAGAGCUCGACCAGCAGACUAUCAACGCCCACCUGCCGCCUGAAGUUCAAUACGCCUGUCAGUACUGGGUCCACCACCUAAAGGAAAGCGAACAUAAUAUAGAGGACGACGGCCCAGUCCACGCCUUUCUGACAAACCAUCUCCUUCACUGGCUUGAGGUUUUGGCUCUCCUGGGAAGGCUCUCUGAUGGGGUAUUGUUGAUAAGAACGCUUCUGCACGUUGCCCAGCUACAGCCGGAUACAGCUCCUAACUUUGUUGACUUCUUGAACGAUGCAGAAAAAAUUAUUCGCAGUCAUGGAGCGAUUAUGGAACGGGCUCCAUUACAGAUAUAUGGUUCUGCACUUGUCUUCAGUCCAACCUUUAGUGGGGUCAGAAAGCAGCAAUGGAAGAAGAGGCUAUCGUUUAUCAAAUCGGUCGCAGGUAUUAAUGACCACUGGGGUACGCUCCAACAGACGCUUGAGGGGCAUAGCGAUUCGGCUAGGGCGGUAGCGUUCUCACCGGAUGGCAAAACGCUUGCGUCAGGUUCGGACAAGACCAUCCGGCUCUGGGAUGCGGUCACGGGCACGCUCCAACAGACGCUCGAGGGGCAUAGCGAUUGGGUCAGGGCGGUAGCGUUCUCGUUAGUUGGGAACUCAGGCUUAGACGCCUCUAAAAACCAGGACUAG